UACUUCACCGCAGAGCUGCAGGAGGAGUCUGGCUGGGGCUGGGCCUCCCCUGGCCUCCCCUCCCCUCUGCUUCUUGUACAGAAAGAAAGGUCAGGGCUCCUGGCCUGGGUGUUUGCAGUGGGCAGGAUGGAGGAUGAGGAAGGCCCCGAGUAUGGCAAGCCUGACUUUGUGCUCUUAGACCAAGUGACCAUGGAGGAAUUCAUGAAGAACCUUCGGCUCAGGUUUGAAAAGGACCGUAUCUACACCUACAUUGGCGAAGUGCUAGUGUCCGUGAACCCGUACCAGGAGCUCCCCUUAUACGGUCCCGAGGCCAUCGCCAGGUAUCAAGGUCGUGAGCUCUAUGAGCGGCCACCCCACCUCUAUGCUGUGGCCAAUGCCGCCUACAAUGCCAUGAAGCGUAGAGCCAGGGACACCUGCAUUGUCAUCUCAGGGGAGAGUGGCGCGGGGAAAACAGAAGCCAGCAAGCACAUCAUGCAGUACAUCGCAGCGGUCACCAAUCCUAGCCAGAGGGCAGAGGUGGAGAGGGUCAAGGAUGUUCUACUCAAGUCCACCUGUGUACUGGAGGCCUUCGGCAAUGCCCGCACCAACCGUAAUCACAACUCGAGCCGCUUCGGCAAGUACAUGGACAUCAACUUUGACUUCAAGGGGGAUCCUGUUGGAGGGCACAUCCACAGCUACCUGCUGGAGAAGUCUAGGGUCCUCAAGCAGCAUGUGGGUGAGAGGAACUUCCAUGCCUUCUACCAGUUGCUUAGGGGCAGUGAGGACCAGGAGCUGCAAGGACUGCACCUGGAGAGAAACCCUGCUCUGUAUAAUUUCACACGCCAAGGAGCUGGGCUCAAUAUGGGUGUGCACAACUCCAUGGACAGUGAUGAGAAGAGCCAUCGGGCAGUGACCGAGGCCAUGAAGGUCAUCGGCUUCAGUCCUGAGGAGGUGGAUUCUGUACAUCGCAUCCUGGCUGCUAUAUUGCACCUGGGAAACAUUGAGUUUGUAGAAACAGAGGAAGAUGGGCCACAGAAGGGAGGCAUAGCUGUGGCCGAGGAGACGCUGGUGGGCCACGUGGCAGAGCUGACAGCCACGCCUCAGGACCUCGUGCUCCGUUCCCUGCUGGCCCGCACUGUGGCCUCAGGUGGCCGAGAGCUCAUAGAGAAAGGCCACACUGUGGCCGAGGCCAGCUAUGCCAGGGAUGCCUGUGCCAAGGCAGUGUACCAGCGGCUGUUUGAGUGGGUAGUGGACAGAAUCAAUGGUAUCAUGGAAGCCAGGGACCGAGACCCUCGGCGCGACGGCAAGGACACAGUCAUUGGUGUGCUGGACAUCUAUGGCUUUGAGGUGUUCCCUGUCAAUAGCUUCGAACAGUUCUGCAUCAACUAUUGCAACGAGAAACUGCAGCAGCUCUUCAUCCGACUCAUCCUGAAACAGGAGCAGGAGGAGUACGAACGAGAGGGCAUCACCUGGCAGAGCGUCGAAUACUUCAACAAUGCGGCUAUCGUAGAGCUGGUGGAGCGGCCCCACCGAGGUAUCCUGGCUAUACUGGACGAGGCCUGCAGCACCGCGGGCCCCAUCACUGACCGCAUCUUCCUGCAGACCCUGGACACGCACCACCGCCACCACCCGCACUACUCCAGCCGCCAGCUCUGCCCUACUGACAAGACCAUGGAGUUUGGACGGGACUUCAGGAUCAAGCACUAUGCAGGAGAUGUCACGUACUCUGUAGAGGGCUUCAUUGACAAGAACAGAGACUCCCUCUUUCAGGACUUCAAACGACUGCUAUACAACAGCAAGGAUCCCACCUUGCAAGCGAUGUGGCCAGAUGGGCAGCAGGACAUCACUGAGGUGACCAAGCGCCCCCUGACAGCUGGUACACUCUUCAAGAACUCCAUGGUGGCCCUGGUGGAAAACCUGGCUUCCAAGGAGCCCUUCUACGUCCGCUGCAUCAAGCCCAACGAGGACAAGGAGGCCGGACGGCUGGAGGAAGGCCACUGUCGCCACCAGGUGUCAUACCUGGGGCUGCUGGAGAAUGUGAGAGUUCGCAGGGCUGGCUUUGCCUCUCGCCAGCCCUACCCUCGGUUCUUGCUCAGGUACAAAAUGACCUGUGAGUACACGUGGCCCAACCACCUGCUGGGCUCUGACAAGGCAGCCGUGAGCGCCCUCCUGGAGCAGCACGGGCUGCAGGGGGACGUGGCCUUUGGCCACAGCAAGCUGUUCAUCCGCUCGCCCCGGACGCUGGUCGCGCUGGAGCAGAGUCGAGCCCGCCUCAUCCCCAUCAUUGUGCUGCUGCUGCAGAAGGCAUGGCGCGGCACCCUAGCCAGGUGGCACUGCCGGAGGCUGCGAGCCAUCUACACCAUCAUGCGCUGGUUCCGGAGGCACAAGGUGCGAGCCCACCUGGCUGAGCUGCAACGACGGUUCCAGGCUGCACGCCAGCCCCCCCUCUAUGGCCGUGACCUCGAGUGGCCACCGCCCCCUGCUGUGCUGCAGCCCUUCCAGGACACCUGCCACAUGCUCUUCUGCAGGUGGCGGGCCUGGCAGCUAGUGAAGAACAUCCCUCCUUCAGACAUGGUCCAGAUCAAGGCUAAGGUGGCUGCCAUGGGGGCCCUGCAGGGGCUGCGCCAGGACUGGGGCUGCCAGCGAGCCUGGGCCCGAGAUUAUCUGUCCUCUGAAACUGACAACUCCACAGCUUCAGUCCUGUUUGCUGAGCGACUCAAGGCACUUCGGGAGAAGGAUGGCUUUGAGGCUGUGCUCUUCUCUGGCCAUGUCCGCAAGGUGAACCGCUUUCGAAAGAGCCGGGACCGGGCCCUCCUGCUCACAGACCGGUUUCUCUACAAGCUGGAGCCUGGCCGGCAGUACCGAGUGAUGCGGGCUGUGCCCCUGGAAGCGGUGACUGGGCUGAGUGUGACCAGUGGACUGGACCAGCUGGUGGUGCUGCACGCCCGGGGCCAGGAUGACCUGGUGGUGUGUCUACACCGCUCCCAGCCGCCACUGGACAAUCGUAUCGGCGAAUUGGUGGGCAUGCUGGCUGCACACUUCCAAGGGGAGGGUCGAACCCUGCAGGUCCGUGUCUCCGACUGCAUCCAGCUGAGCCAGCGUGGUACCCGCCGCCUUGUCUCCGUGGAGCCCAGGCCGGAGCAGCCCGAACCCGAUUUCCGCUGCAACCGAGGUGCCUUCACCCUCCUAUGGCCGAGCCACUGAGCCAGCCUGUUCUGGCUCCAUGCACUUCUGCAUACCUGGCUGGCCCUGGGCACAUGGAUGGCCGGGGCAGCACACAAUAAAGAUACUUGUCUGU